AUGCCUAAGUCUAAAGCAAACCCAACCAACCAAAUUCUUCAGUUCCUACUUGAGAAGAAUAGGCCAUAUAGUGCAACCAACCUUGUUGACGAGCUUCAUGGCGAAUUUACCAAAACUGUGAUUCAAAAAUCACUUGAUCAACUAACAGAAAGCGGUCAGAUAACAUGCAAACUAUGUGGAAAGUCUACAAAGCUAUACUUUGCCAAGCAAGAAGGAAAGGAAGUUGCUUCUAAAGAGCAAUUAGUUGAAAUGGAUCAAAACAACAAUCUUCUCCAACAAAAGAUCGAAGAACUAAAGAAGAAAAGAGAUGAAUUAAAAUCCAAAAGAGAUACUUUGUCAUCUACCAGAACUUUGGAAGAUCUUAGAUCAUACAGAGUUCAAAUUGAAAUUGAUUGUCAAACAGCAGCCAAGCAAAGAGAUGAACUUAUACAAGCCGCACAAGGCAUCAAUCCUGAUGAUAUUGCUCAGAUAAAUAAAGAAUUUAACACAAGAUGCGAUCAAUGGAAGAAGAGAAAAGCUCUUUGCAUGGAUAUACUAAACCAACUCUGCGACCAAGACGGAAUGGAUAAGAAGCCAAAAGAUCUCAUUGAAGAUAUCGGAAUUGAAACCGAUGAGCAGUAUCAUUUGAAACUAGAGUUCAAGGACAGGAAAUUUAUAGUUACAGAAGUAUGA